CGCGUCCUGCGCUCCGGUGGUUUCUUCAAAUAGUCCUUUGCCAGCUAGCCAGUCACUCCUUUCAAUCACAACGCUGUAACGCCAGCCCCGCACGCAAGCCAUGUCUUUCUCGAAUGCGCUUGCCUUCUCGACGAAGCCUGCCGCGCAAGCCGACAAUGCGCCCAACGUUAACGGCCUCGGCGUGGAGGCCAUGUUCAAGCAGAUCAUGGACGCUGUCCAGAGAUCAUCCUAUGAAAUUGCAGAGCUCCGGCAGGAGUGUGCAGAGUUGAAGCAAGCCAACGCGACUUUGGAGCGUCAGUUAAGAGAGGGCUUCCAGAACAACAAUAACAAUUCUCCAUACCGAACUCCUGGAUUCGUCACACCUGGAUUCGCUACCCCCGCGCCGGGGAGCCCUCAGCUGCGCGCGAAAUCCCCAUUCCUGAGCCCGAGCAGCAUCCCUUCCCUCGCCGUCCCCGCGUCCGUACACGUCCCCUCACCCCUGGGCGACCACGCCCUGACCGCCUUCCCCUUCGGCAUCCGCGAAAUACCCGGCUUCUACGUCGUCAUCCCCGCCGGUGGUGCGGGCACGCGCCUGUGGCCGCUGUCGCGCGAGGAGCACCCGAAGUUCCUGCUCGACCUCACCCUGAAAGGUCGGUCCCUCAUCCAGGCGACGUGGGACCGUCUCAUCCCGCUCUCGUCCCCCGCCCGGACGACCGUCGUCGCCGGCCCCGCGCACGUGAAGAGCAUACGCGAGCAGCUCCCGGAUCUCCUCGGGCACAACCUGUUCUGCGAGCCUAGUGCGAAGGACUCGAUGGCUGCCAUCGGUCUGGCCGCGGCGGUCCUGGCCAGGCGCGACCCGAACGCUGUCAUCGGCUCGUUUGCCGCGGACCACAUGAUUUCCGGCGACGAUGCCUUCUUGUCUGCGGUCGCUGAGGCGGUCGAGGUUGCGAAGAAGGAUUACCUCGUUACUAUUGGUAUUGCGCCCUCGCACCCUUCUACCGGGUUCGGUUAUAUCCGUCUGGGCGAGAAGCUUGAGGUACCGGAAGCGCCCAAUGCUAGGCUGGUCUCAAGCUUCAAGGAGAAGCCCGACGCGAGGACUGCCGCUGCGUACAUCGCUACUGGUAACUAUCGGUGGAACGCCGGUAUGUUCGUCGUGAAGGCCUCGUUCCUCAUGGAUCUGUUGAAGGAGUACAAGCCUGAGUUGCAUGAUGGCCUGCAGAAGAUCGCGGCUGCGUGGAACGAUGAAGCUCUCAGGCAACAGGUCCUCGAUGAGAUCUGGCCUAAGCUGGAGAAGAUUCCCAUCGAUAAUGCCGUCGCUGAACCUGCUUCGAUGCAAGGCAGGGUUGCGGUGGUGCCUGCCACCUUCGGUUGGGACGACGUCGGAGAUUUCUCCUCUCUCGCUGACCUUCUCCCGGCUGAGGCAAGCCAGCCUCGCGUACUCGGUGACAGUGGCCUUGUGCUGACGGAGCAAGUUGCUGGAGGCAUUGUUGUGCCGGGAUCUGGCCGUCUCGUAGCCUGCCUGGGAGUCGAUGAUCUCGUCAUCGUUGACAUGCCAGAUACUUUGCUCGUCACGACCAGAGCUCGCUCCCAAGAAGUCAAGCGCUUAGUUAAAAAGUGCCGUGACGCAGGAUGGAAGCAACUGCUUUAAGCAGGCCACAUAACCAGAAGCGAUGGUGCGGGUUACAUAGUGGAAUCUGGGUUGGGUUUUCUGGUUGGUCAUUCUCGUCUAAACUAUUGGAUUUGUGGACUUUAGCACUGGACACACUGCGAUCGGGAACUGUACGGGCUCGUCUUUAUUGUCUCCUUUCCUUCCCUACUGUAGUCAUGGAUGGACACGACUUCUGCGAUUUCUUGCAGACAUUCCUUAAUAAAUACCGUUUGCAUCGAGUGUGCGCAAACCAUGGGACUGGUG